AUGUUUGGAGCUUCCCUCAACCUGAACAAGCCGGCCGGCGGAGGGCUGUUUGGGUCUUCGCUGAAUACGAACACUCAGCAGACUGGCAGCAAUCUCUUUGGCAACCUGGGCUCGAAUACGCAACAGAAUCAACAGCAAGGAGGUGGUGGCAUCUUUGGGAAUCUUGGUCAAAAUACCCAGCAAAACCAACCGCAACAGACUUCAGGUUUAUUCGGCCAGAGCACCCAGCAACAACAGCAACAGCCAUCUGGGCUCUUUGGGCAGAAUGCACAACAGAACCAACAGGGCGGUGGAUUAUUCAAUGGAUUCGGCCAAAGCACAACACAACACAACCAGCAGCAAGGCGGUGGCUUGUUCGGACAGAACAACCACCAAAACCAAAACGGAGGACUUUUUGGAACAGGACAAAACCAACAGCAACAGCAGCAAGGUCAGGCUGGAGGCAUGUUCGGUGGAUCAAUGCUGGGCCAGUCAACCCAGCAAGGUUUACCACAAUUAGGGCAAAGCACAGCGCUAUGGCAACCGAUGAAUCCUCGGGAGAAGACUGUUCCCGAGCAGAUGGCGACAGUGUUGGAGAAAUGGGACACGGGCAAUCCGAAUUGCGUCUUCAAACACUAUUUCUACAACAAGGUAGACGAUAACAUGGCUCCCUAUUACCGACCCGCUCCUGGUGAAGACGCCACAGCUUGGGAGGAGGCGUUAUCGAAGAAGCCAGGGCCCGGCUAUAUUCCAGUCCUGUGUGUUGGCUUUGCCCAGAUGGGGGAGAGAAUUCAACUUCAGCAACGGAACUUGGCCAAUUUCAAUGCGAGAUUACACGAGAUCAACGACGCCCUCUCGCAAAUGAUGCAGACCCACGAAACCAAAACGAGUAUAAGGGCGAUGGAUGCUCGGAGAAAGCACAUCGUCUUGAAGCAGAGAUGCUUAGCUUUGGCGACCAAAGUUCAGGUGCUGAGAAAUAGGGGUUAUGCUAUGGGAGGCGACGAAGAGGAUUUGCGGGCGAAGUUAUUAAUUCUGGAGAAGAAUAUUCAUGAUCCGGGCUUGGAUGCUAGAGGAGAAGAAAUCUGGGCACGCAUGCUUCUUGUCCAAGAGCGAGCUAGGAUGUUAAAGACCGAAUUCGAUAGGGCGGGUAAUGAUAAUGCAGAUGUGCUUGACGAGGAUACGAGCAAUAAAGCAAAGAAGAUUUUGGAAGACUACAAUACUCAAUUGCAGCAUCUAAAAACGGAGGUGGACUCGAUAUCCAAAGAGUUGACUGAAUGGCAAAAGGACCAAGUAUCUGGGUUCCAAAAGGCGAAAUAG